GGGCACCACACAAAAUUCCAAUUGUAUUUCAACACAAAAUACAAUUUUCUCACUUUAAAAACAGAAAGGCUGCAAAAUUAAAAUAAAUUAAAUUUCCGAGCUUUCUCUAACAUUCUCGAACUUUCAAUCGAUCCAGGUCAAAAUCUCCCUCCGCCUCCCAAAUUUCCGAUCUCGCAUCAAAAUUUCCCGGAUUUCCACCAACAUGCCGCUAAAACAACCGUCGAGUUACGGCACCACCACCGUCACCGCCGUCCAAAUCGACCCCAAAACGUCCAAAGAUCUCACCUUUACCUCCCGCCCCAAACCCCAGACCUCCUCCCAACCCCUGUACCCCACUAUCACCUCCCAAUCCGUGUACCCGACGCGCCGCCCAUGGCGCGAGCUCUUUUCUCUCACCUCCUUCUCCGUCCCAUCCAACUACGCCGACGCCAUGGCGCGAAGCAAGCGCAACACCGCCUACUUCCGCGUCAACUACACCAUGGCGGCGCUCUUCAUCGUCUUCCUCAGCCUCCUCUGGCACCCGAUCUCCAUGAUCGUCUUCCUCAUCAUCCUCGUCGCCUGGCUCGCCCUCUACUUCCUCCGCACGACCCCCGUCGUUCUGUUCAACCAGAGCUUCGACGACAGGGUCGUCGCCGUCGCACUGGGAUUUGUCACUGUCGUGGCGCUGGUAUUCACUCACGUGGGUUUAAAUGUGCUGGUGGCGCUGAUCGUCGCCGUCGUGAUUAUUGGGCUCCACGCGGCGUUUCGGGUCACGGAAGACUUGUUUCUCGACGAGGAGACCGCCGCGGAAAACGGGUUGGUCUCGGUUGUUGCCAGCCAGCAGUCCCUACGCCUGCCGACCACUUACACCCGGAUUUGAUUUGAACCCGGUUAAAUCGGGUUUCCGGGAUAAUUCGGAUUUACAUUUUACUGAGGGGGUUGGAUAUUAUUUCACCGGGAAAAUUGGGAUUUUUGUGGGAAUUUUUUGGUUUUUGGAGGACUGUUAUGCAAAUUGUAGGGGGAAAAUGUAGCGAUUGCAGUGGGAAGGUGUUUGAUAUUUUGUUUUUGCUUGAUAUCAAAUGGUCGGUAAAGAUUCAUUACUACUACUACUUAUGUAACAGUUUAUGGUGUGUUUUCUAGUAUAUUAAGAGUAUUUUAUACUUCA